UAGUACUCGAUUCCCAACCAUUUUCUGGAAUAAUUUAUUCCGAAUAAGUGUAACAUGUUACGGCUGUUGCAGUUACAAGAUGUUGCAAUGUCGUUAUUUGUUAUUUCCACUUAAAACAGCCAAGCUAGAUUACGGGACAAAUUUUUGGUUGAUCACGAUGAAUAAUUUAUGAUACUGCCUGGCAAUAGCCGAGUUAUUGUUUGGAAAAUUUUGUUUUCUAUUUGUGUUCGUGGCAGAAUAAAAAAUGACUAUUACAUAAGUUGUCGACAUCUGUUGUGAAAGAGAUAACUUGUAGUACAUAGAAAGCUAGUAGAAUCAAAUUUUAAAAAGAAAAAUUUAAUAUCUAAUACUUAGGUGCAAGAUGGCAGCGCCAAGUUCUGUCGGACAGGAAACUUUGACAGUUGGAAUCUUCAGUUUUCGAUUGAAAUAUCUGGCAUUGAGUGUUUUAACACUGCAAACUUCAACAAUGGUUUUAGUUCUACGAUAUUCAAGAAACACUGCGAUAAAUAAUGAAACACCGUACUUAUCUUCGACAGCUGUUUUUUUAUCUGAAGUCUUGAAACUCGUCAUUUGCUUUUUCAUCCUGUUUAAAAAAGCGAAUUUCGAACUGAAGAAAUUCUGUAACGAACUAAAUGUCAAUAUAAUUUUAUCUCCAUGGAACACUUUAAAGAUGUCUGUUCCAGCUUUAUUAUAUACAAUUCAAAAUAAUUUAUUAUAUCUUGCAUUGUCAAACUUGGAUGCUGCUACAUAUCAGGUAACAUAUCAAUUGAAGAUUUUAACAACAGCUUUAUUCAGUGUUAUUAUGUUGGGAAAGAAACUUACAACUUUAAAAUGGCUAUCUUUAGUUAUUUUAAUGUUUGGAGUCUCUUUAGUACAGUGGCGAAGUGAUGGUAUUUAUCAUGAAGAGCAAAAUCUUUCCAAAUCUGUUAUUGGUCUGAUUGCCGUACUUUGUGCAUGUUUUUCUAGUGGCUUUGCUGGAGUUUAUUUUGAGAAAGUUUUGAAAACAUCUCAACUAUCUUUAUGGAUGAGAAAUGUUCAACUAGCAAUAUUUGGUUCUAUUCUUGGUCUUGCUGCUGUAUUUAGCAAUGAUGGAUCUGCAGUUUGGAAAAAUGGUUUCUUUCAAGGUUAUAAUAAACAUACAUGGAUUGUUAUAUGUUUACAGGCGUUCAAUGGUUUAGUUGUUGCCAUUGUAGUUAAAUACGCAGACAAUAUUUUAAAAGGUUUUUCAACGUCAUUAUCUAUCAUUAUAUCGUCUAUAAUAUCAUGGUAUUUUCUCGAAGAUUUUGAAGUCUCCAAACAAUUUUUAGCUGGAACUUCCGCGGUCCUACUUUCAACUUAUUUGUACUCCAAACCUGAGAAAUCUCUGUCAUAUAAGUCUGAAAAAGUUGAAACAGAAAGGAAAGUAAGAAAUGUUUAAUACUAAAAAGAACAUUUAUUAAAAGUCUUAGUUAUUGUCUGAUAAAUUAAUUAUGAAUGGGCAAAACAUUUCCAUGCAAAAGCAUAUGGUAGUUUUUUAGCUACGCAUUUACAGCAAAAAUAUUUACUUACCUAUGUAUUACUAUUGUUACAGUCUAACUGGAUCUUAGAGUAUUUCAACGUAUUUGUCAAUAAUUAUUUCCAUUUAACUUUUAGCAUAUGUAUUAACAUUCUGUGCUCUCAAAAAGAAACUUCUCUGGACGCAACUAGCAAGAUUUCUGUGUACACUAUAACUUAUGAUGUAAUGUUUAUAUGGCUGUUAUACAGAUAAACAAGUUUUAAUUGAAUAUUGCUGAUGCGAUAAAAUGUAAACUUGGAAUAAUAACAGUGAAAGCAUUGUUUGAGAGGGCUAUAAAAUCUUGACGCUACGUCUUGUGAAAAUGCUACUAUUUUCGCUAAGAACAAGGUACUGGCAUUUGGAGUCUGGUACCUAAAAUAUGACGUGUUCCUGACAGAAUUACAAUCCUAUCCAUCUAUGGCACUAUUUUUCUUACUCUAAAUUGAAAACAUGCCCGAAUGAAGCAUGGUAUAUGGUUGCAGUAGCAUUAGAAUAAUUCGGUAAAAUGUGGCCAUGUUAUUAACAUGUGUUGUCCGGAAUUUACGUCAAAGUUCUCACGCGGUCGUUUACCAAAGAUGUGCUGUGUUACACAAGGCAUAGCGUCACGAUUUUUCACCUAAUUCACAAAAUUCUUUCACGAAUUUUAUCCUAUGUCUAUAGCUUAUCAAAUUCGUUCAAGAAAAAUGUUGAGGCUAGGUGCACUUUAAAAUAAAAUUUAUGGAUUGCAUCAUAUAAAAAAA